GCCAACGGUAUGUAAAAUCUCUUACAAAUUUCCGAAUUUCCCUUCUCCUUCUCCUUCUGCCCUAAAACCCUUUCCCUUUUCCAUGGCUUCUCAAGCUCUCACUGACUACGAGCGACAAAGGCUCGAGAACAUUCGCCGCAACGAUGAAAUGUUGGCCGCUCUCAAGCUCCAAUCCAAAGCUUCUGAACUCUCCGCUGCUUCCAAGCGUCAAAGAGUUGAAACCAAAUCGGAAAAGGUUUAUCCGAAAACCAAACCUAAAAAAGAGACUCCGAUGGUUUUACGACGUUCUUUGCGCGCUCGAGGAAUUCCUCCCGAUGCCAAAAAGCUUGUAGAUAUAGAUGAUCUUACGGAGUCAGCUACUAAGAUUCGGAAGUCAGAAACCAAGUCCAUGUCUUCGCCUCGUGUUUUAGGCCCCCUUGAAAUGGUUGAAGUUUGUAGUGAGAGGGAGUCUCAUCCGUCUUUGAUUGAAUCUAUUUUGGGUGUUUUGAGUAAGUCUCUGUUGAGUAGGUCAGGGAAAGAGGAAUUAGUUGAUGAUGUUAAGGAAUUUAAAAUGGGGGGAAGGAAUGGGAAUUUCUCGAAUGAGGUAGAGAUUGAAGGAGGGGGAGAUGGGAAUUGUUUGAAGAUGGAUCCUAUUGAUAAUUAUUCGAAUUUAAUUAAAAGGGUGACUGAAGGACUUAUCAGUGACGUUAAAGAUCCCUUGCUGAGUUCGAUUAAAAUGGAACAUAAGAAUGAUGGAAGUUGCUUAAAGCCUGCAUCUUUGGUUCUUAAUGCCGACAACAUAGCUCGGGUUGUGCCUGGGAGAAUAAUGGCCGUGAGGUUUUUCCCUUGUCUUGAUUCUAAAAUGAUCGUUGUAGGUAACAAGUUUGGGGAAGUCGGGUUCUGGAAUGCUGAUCACGAGGGAGAGGAAGGAAAUGGAGUUUAUUUAUAUCACCCCCAUUCGGGUCCCAUUUCUGGGAUUUCAAUUCAACGACAUGCAUUGUCGAAGGUUUAUACCAGCUGCUAUGAUGGAUUUAUACGAUUGAUGGAUGUAGAGAAAGAGAUGUUUGAUCUUGUAUAUCGUAAUGAAGAUACUAUAUUUUCUCUCUCUCAACAAUCAAAUGAUGCAAACUGCUUAUAUUUUUCUGAGGGUCGUGGAGGGUUGAAUAUAUGGGAUAAAAGGACUGGAAACUGCACAAUGGAAUGGACGUUGCAUGAAGAUAGGAUCAAUUCCAUCGAUUUUAAUGUAGGCAAUAGCAACAUUAUGGCUACGAGUUCCAGUGAUGGAACUGCCUGUAUUUGGGAUUUGAGAAGUGUUAGUGAUGAAAAGCCCCAAACCUUGAAGACAAUCACCCACAAAAAGGCGAUUCAUUCUGCUUACUUCUCACCCUCUGGACGCUUCCUUGCAACUACUAGAAGAAUGAUGAAUUUUUCUCAAUUCCACCUCCCCUCCGUCUCCCCCAAAGCACCGAAAUUAGGCAGGUGCAGUAGUAGUUUUGACGACACUGUUGGUAUAUAUGGUGGAGUCAACUUUAAAGAUACUUCGCUAAUACCGCAUGAUAAUCAGACAGGCAGAUGGAUUUCUUCUUUCAGAGCAAUAUGGGGUUGGGACGACUCGUACAUUUUCAUUGGAAAUAUGAAGAGAGCAGUAGAUGUUAUUUCACGGGCAUAUCGGAAAAGAGUGUUCGUUUUGCAGAGCCCCAAAAUAUCGGCAAUACCUUGCAGGUUCGAUGCACAUCCUUAUGAUGUUGGAACAUUAGCAGGAGCCACUAGUGGGGGACAGGUUUAUAUGUGGACAAUGAGUCCAGAUAUAUAAUUUGCUUGUGGUAGAGUUCUCAGGAUAAGAAUUUUGGAUAGAAUAAGAAUUUUGGAUAGAAUGAGAAUUUUGUACAUGAAUUCCAUCCAUCUCCGGUGCUGAUAUCCGACAAAUACUUUCUGAGGUAGAAGAGAUGCUUUAACCUCUCGCAAUUGGAUUUCAUGGGAUGAAUCUUGUAGAUUUUUUUGUCUUCCCUUUUUUUAUACAAAAAAGGGAUAAAGUUUAACAUCUUGUAGCCAAUUACAAUGUUGGUAUUUACUUUGAGAAGUGUUGGAAACUUUGCUUAAAUCAGCUUUUGAUGUAUAAAGUUUUAUGCAAUUUUCUUUGGCUAGUAGACUACUUGUGUUAAA